UCAAUCAUAUAAAACUGCGAAGUUUAUGGUGAAAAAGAUCAUAUAAUUUAUAAUUAAACUAACGUAUUUUAUCGUAAUUAAAAAAAAAAAAAAGUAAUAAAAAGCACAACAUCGCAUUAAGACAUAAAAUUGAGGAUGGCUCACAAUGGUUAUAUUGUAAAGUAUAUUUUAUAGAAGAAGACAGCAUUGAAAUGGAUCAACAAAAUGAUAAUGAUGCAGAGACUGAAGACGCAGAGAAGAGUCUCAUUAUAGAUCCUGAUAGUGAAGAAUUAGACUUCAAUCAUUCAAGACUUACAAAAUUAGAAAAUUUGGAACCAUUAACCAAAGCACGAAAGUUAUGCUUUACUUGGAAUUUAAUUAAAAAAAUAGAAAAUCUCGAUACUCUCUCCAGUUUGAUUGAAUUACAACUUAGAGAUAAUCAAAUUACUAUAAUAGAAAAUCUUGAUGCCCUUGUGAGUCUUGAAAUUUUAGAUCUUUCUUUUAAUCGUAUAAAAAAAAUUGAAGGAUUAAAUAAUUUAUUAAAUUUACGUAGUUUAUAUUUAUCGUCCAAUAAAAUUGUAUCUAUUGAAAAUCUUUCAUAUUUAAAAAAUCUUGAGACCUUGGAAUUAGGUGACAAUAAAAUACGAGAAAUAGUUAAUUUAGACGAUUUGACAAAUUUAACAAAUUUGUAUCUCGGGAAAAACAAAAUUACUAAAAUACAAAAUCUAGAAAGCUUGCAAAAUCUCCAAUUGCUUAGUUUGCAAAGUAAUCGUAUAACAAAAAUUGAAAAUUUAGAAGAAUUAACAAAAUUGGAUGAAUUGUAUUUAUCUGAAAAUGGAAUUACAUGUAUAGAAGGUUUAGAAAAUUGUUCAAAGUUGACAACUUUAGAUUUGGGUAAUAAUAAAAUUAAAAAAAUAGAAAAUAUUCAACAUCUUCAAGAUUUGGAAGAUUUCUGGAUGAAUAACAAUGAGAUUGAAGACUGGAUAACCGUGGAGAGCUUAGUAGUUAACAAAAGUAUAAAAACUGUGUAUUUGGAGAGAAAUCCUGUUUCAAAGGAUCCAAAUUAUAGACGAAAAAUUAAAUUAUUAUUGCCUUGGCUCGUACAAUUAGAUGCAACACUUUGUAGAUAAAAAGUGUAAAUGUCAAGCGCGUUAUAAAAGAAAAAUAACCAAAAAAAAAAAAAAA